AUGGCUAGUUCAUUGGAGUGUUGCGACUGCACAAUAUGCGGGAUGCCGUUGGAUGAAAUGUGCUACCGCAACGACGACGGACAAGCUCCUACUCGUUGGUACGAUGAGCUAUGGAAACAAGACAAUGUCGUUCUAUCAGGCCCUCACUGGUGUCUAUUUCACGAUGUUCCCGGCCCGAGGACUGUAACAGAUGACUCUGUUAGUUGUGAUGCUGUUGAUGACAGAUCGACCAAAUACAGUCCAUCAGUAUCCUUUCGACACAAGCGUGGAUCCGUUGUGCCACAAAACGAGGAUCCCACGCUACCAGGCGAAGCUGGUUAUUACAUUGCAAUACAUUCUGCCUGUCUCCGGAUAGCUAACCUAGUCAUGAAGCGAUCUCCACAGGCGCACAUCCGAUCACUUGCGGACCUUUGGUCGACCCUAGAGCGACGCUGUACAAAGGAAGGAAACACUCCGCUGCCGACGUGGCCGGGGCUUAUGAGUGGACCAUUUCUUCCCUCAAUCCCCGAAGGCCCCCCUGAAAGCCGACCAUCAUCCGGCCCAGUUAAACUAGGAACGAGCCGGUAUUUUGUCCACCCUUGGGCCUUGGGCGCACGGGAGAUGGACUCAGAGAACGAGGAAGAAACAUUUGGCGACGCUUGGUGGAAAGCUGAUCCGGAAUACAUUCCCGAUUUGACUGCGGGUCUCUUUGCAAAUAUUGAAGAACGUGGUCACGCUCAAGAUGCUUCCCCUGCAUUUAUGGAAAGGUUUGAUACUUGUCCUCGAGAGAUCAAGGAUCAUAUCUUGGGGUUUGUUUUGUGCCAGCCAAUGCCUUUAGAGUGCAAUUAUGUACUCGAUCAGAGGUAUUGGCGAGAGCUCUUUGUACAGAUUCCAUUCCUUUGGGAUCUUGACUUGGCAAUGGUCAAUUCUAAGCUGCUCCCUAGUGGAGAAGACGCUCGGGCAGGAUCUCUGGGGUCGGACUGGGAAAAGCUCACACGGCAGGUCAUGACUCCUGUCGAGGUAUACAAGCAAAUUGAACCUCCCUUGCCGAGACCGUACAGCCAAAUAGGGUUGGAUAUUCCUCGGGGCUUUCAGAAUCGUCGACGGAUCUGGCAGAUUCUCGAAGAAAUGUACCCAAAUGAUGUUCGGGUGGACGGGACCGAAAACAAGUGGGCUACUCAAUGGUGCAGAAAGUAGUCCUAUGUAUCAGACAAGUUGGAUUGGUUGAGACAGCUUGGGACGAUGGAU